GGAUACAGUUCUGCACGAGCUCUCGGGCCUGGAGGCCGUGAUAGAUAGCGUUGUCAGCAUUAUCGCUGAGCGCCGGCAGCAAUCGGAUGCAGUUCUGGACGAGAUCUCUGAUCUGGAGGCCGUGAUGGAUAGCGUCAAAUAUCAUCAUCAGCAAGUCGUCGAAAAGAAGGAGAAGAUCAUGCAGUCGAUGGAUUUGCACAAGGGACUCCUAUCGGCUCUCUGGCGCUUUCCAACGGAAGUCCUAUCCCAAAUAUUCAACCACUGUCUCCCUGAAACCCCAUUCAAAGCCCCCGUACUGUUAACAAGAAUAUGCCAACGAUGGAGGGAGGUUGCUGUGGGUACGCCCGAUCUAUGGUGCAGGUUGUAUGUGGAAGCCGACGACCGAGGCUGGGAGCAGGCAGCUUUCUGUUAUGACUUGUGGCUCAAGCGUUCACGAGGACGUCCGCUCUCAUUAGAACUCGGGCACCACUACUCGACCAAACUACGAAGUCUUCUUCAGCCUCAUAUGAGGCAUAUAAAAUUUCUCCGAGUCUCUGUCGAUUACUUCCGGGGUAGACACCCUCAGCUGUUUGCUACUGACCUCCCAGCACUUCAGGAGCUGACCAUAUUGGGAAUGCGAAAUCAUGAUAUUCCAACUAUUGCACAAUUUAUCUCGCGACUGCCGUCCACUAUGCGCUGUCUCGAGUUCAUUAACAUAAUGCCGCGUUUCGACAUCGAGGACUUGUCUUCUUUAGGCCCCGUAUGGGCUUACUUGACGGAUAUCCAGAUCGCCGUAUGUAACCCGAACGCAUUCCUCCAUUUGCUUCAAUUAUGUCCCAACCUCUCUUCCUUAAAUGUCCAUAUAGGAUCCGACCGAAAAAAAUCCAUGGAAUCAUUCACGCACACAAAAUUACAAUCCUUAUGCAUCAUCCUUUAUGAUGGGCCCUUGCUCACGCGCCCUUUAUCUGACCUGUUCAAUGCUCUAUCACUCCCCAAUUUGCGCGCGCUUGGAGCUCACCGCAAAAGCUACAGUGGAUCUUCUUGGCUUCAUGAGGAUAUGCAGGCAUUAUUGGCACGGUCAAAGUGUCCCCUGGAGACCCUGACUAUCGGU